AUGGCCGCCUCUUCUAUGCACCGCGUCGUCGUCCCCUACCGUGCCGGCGCCUCUAGGAUCCUCGCCAGGAAAACAGCUCCGGAAUUCUCCAAGCAAUGCGCCGCCGGCGUCGACGUGUUCCUGAGCCACCGGGGCGCGGACACUAAGAGCUCCGUGGCGGGGCUGCUCUACGACCGACUGGUGCAGAUGAACGUCCGGCCGUUCCUCGACAACCGCUCGAUGGCGCCCGGAGAAAAGCUGUACGAGUCCAUCGACGCCGGGAUCCGGCAGUGCAGAGUCGGGGUGGCCAUCUUCUCCCAGCGCUAUUGCGACUCCGUCUUCUGCCUCCACGAGCUGGCGAUGAUGGUGGAGUCCAACAAGAAGCUCAUCCCCGUCUUCUGCGACGUCAAGCCGUCGGAGCUGGUGGUGCGCGGCGACGCCACUGUGCAUUCGCCGGAGGAUCUCCGGAGGUACAACCGGGCGAUCCAGGAAGCUAAGCACAUCGUCGGCUUGAACUUCGACACAAAGAACGGGAAUUGGUCGGAGUUGUUGUCGAGGACGGCCAACAUCGUGCUCAAGUGCCUGGAGAAGGAGACCCGAUCGAUAAGUGAAGUUUGCAUGCACAAAUAA